UGUUUUUCUCUCUUUCAGUCAGCUGUCGGUCAUGAAUAUCAGUCUAAGCUUUCCAAGCACUGUUCCCAAGUGGACUCAGUAAAAGGUUUUGGUGGAAAGUUUGGUGUGCAAGUUGAUAGAGUUGACCAGUCUGCUGUAGGAUUUGAAUAUCAGGGGAAAACAGAGAAACAUGCUUCUCAAAAAGACUAUUCAAGUGGAUUUGGUGGGAAAUAUGGAGUACAGGCUGACAGGGUAGACAAGAGUGCAGUUGGAUUUGAUUACCAUGGAAAAACAGAGAAGCAUGAAUCACAGAAAGAUUAUUCUAAAGGUUUUGGUGGUAAAUAUGGUGUGGACAAAGUGAAAGUGGACAAAAGUGCUGUUGGCUUUGAGUACCAAGGCAAAACUGAAAAGCAUGAAUCACAGAAAGAUUAUACAAAGGGUUUUGGAGGAAAGUUUGGCGUACAGACGGACAGACAGGACAAAUGUGCACUUGGCUGGGAUCACCAGGAAAAAGUACAACUACAUGAAUCUCAGAAAGACUACUCUAAAGGAUUUGGUGGAAAAUAUGGUGUGCAGAAAGAUCGAAUGGAUAAGAAUGCUUCAAGUUUUGAAGAUAUUGAGAAAUUGUCUUCAACGUACCAGAAGACUAAGCCAGUGGAAGCUGCGAAUACCAAAACAAGCAACAUCAGAGCUAACUUUGAAAAUCUAGCUAAGGACAAAGAGCUGGAGGACAGAAGGAAGGCAGAAGUUGAAAGAGCGCAGAGAAUGGCCAAGGACAAACAAGAACAAGAGGAAGCUAGGAGGACGCUGGAAGAAAAAGCUAAAGCCAAGGAGCAGACACCUCCUCAGUCUCCAACACCACAGCCAGUGGACGAAAAACUGCCUUCAAGUCCAGUCUAUGAGGAUGCUGUUUCCAUUGAGUCUGGUUACAAGAAUUCACAUACAAAUUACUCCGCUGUACAUGAGCCAGAAACCAACAGCAAUGCAGAAGAAUCUGACUACCAGGAAGCUGUUAGUCAGAGGGAGCCAGAGUUUGAAUCUGAGACAGUUUAUGAAGUGGCUGGAGCAGAAAACCAGUAUCAACCAGGUGAAAAUACUUAUGAAUAUGAAAAUGACCUUGGAAUAACAGCUAUAGCGCUCUAUGAUUAUCAGGCUGCUGGUGAUGAUGAGAUUUCCUUUGAUCCUGACGACAUCAUCACUAACAUAGAAAUGAUUGAUGAUGGCUGGUGGAGGGGAGUAUGCAAAGGCAGAUAUGGGCUCUUCCCAGCUAAUUACGUUGAGCUGAGGCAAUAGAAAAUAAUGCCUACCUUUUAUGCCUUAAUACCGUGAUCAUUCAUCUGAUUUAUUACACUACAAAUCAUGUUCCUUUUUCAGUGGGAGGGGAAGAUGGAGGGAUCUAUACAUAUUCCUUUUAUAUUUAAGAUACUUUGCUGAUGCUUUUACAAAUGUUUAUGGGCUCAGAAAUUGCUAAUAUAUUAUAAUUCUCUUAUCGUUCCCUGGUACAACCUGUCACCAUAAGUUUUUAAUGCAGUUUUGAACAUGGGACUUUUCUUUCUUCUGUUGCCAAACUGGUGGUGGAAAUCAUAAAAUAUUUCAAGGAGUUUUCAGCUUUUUCUGACAGUAAUGCAUGUUCCAUUUGUAUGUGUGCUGAAUUUUCAAGCAAUUACAUCCAGCUACUCUUUUACUGAACAGUUUUCCAGAUCUUGGCUGGGUAGUUGUGUUUCCAUAUAUAGAGAGCAGCACCACUAUGGAUGGGGGAGGAUGAUAGGCAGCCUCAAGUGUUGCAUCUGACAGCAGGUACUUAACAGGAAUUUUUUUUUACAAUGAUAACAGGAAGGAUACAUUGCUAAAGCAUUUCUCAUCUUCUUGAAAACCAAAUGCAAAGUCCAAGUGGAAAGUCCUUUCAUGCUGUUCUAGUGGGCUUAUCCAGAACUUUUCAUAAGGUUAUGCCAUCAGUUUUUGCUGCUUGUUCUUUGUCCCUUCAGAAGAGGGCUCUGGUAUCAUAACACAGUUCUGCUUGUAUUGCUUUUUCUCUCUUGUACCCACAACACUGUGAGGUUUUUGAUCUCAGAGAUUCAUUUAGACUAGAGGUUACCAUUGUUAUCAUAUAGGGGAUGGGAUGAGCAAUAGCAUGCACUGGCAUUCCUUACAUGCAUAUUGUGCUGUAAGGUUUGGGAAGAGGAAGAUUGAGAGCCAAUACCUAUUGGGUAGUAACUCUGUUAUGCAACCUUUGUUUGGCUGAGAAAGUAAGAGUUUAAGAUAAGAGCUUAAACCACUGGAUACAAUAUGUAUUUCUAAGCAACAUGCAGAAAACUACCAUGUUUUAUAUGUUCAGCUGAAACUGCCAGUAACACUUCGAGUAAACCAUACAGAUGUCUUUUUGCCAUUUGCCAACUUUUAUGCUGAUGUUCUUGCCAUUCUGUCAAACAUACAUAGAACAAAAAUUGGUUAGUUCUUAUUUUUAACCACAUAAACAUCUGUACCAAAGACAGCAUGUACUGUGUUCACUGUGUAUCAUGUCCAUUUCUGUUUGAAUUGAGAGAUUCAGGGAGAAACUAAUCAAGCAUUAAGAACAGAAAGACUUGUAAUAAAGCCCAGUGUUGUUCAACAAAAUCUUUAUAUUAAAUGGUUGUGUACAGUAAAUACAUCUGGGAAGAAGGGAGUAGGGGUUGGGGGGAAAACAGGUGAAAUUACCUAGUUGGGACAAUCUUUCAGAAGGAUGCCAUUUUAACCAUACAUUAUUUUCCUUACUGUUUUCUUUCUGUCUCACAAUUGCAUUAAUUAAUGUUGGAUUGGACUGGAUUUUAUAUGUGGUUUAUCUUAACCAGUUUUACAUAGGACACCUCAUAGGAUACAUAAUUCCUGGUUUCCUUUUCUUUUUUGUAAAUUAAAUAUUCAAAUAAACUUUUGAACCAUUUUCAGAGGA